GUUAUAGAAUCAAAAACGUUCUAUCAAAUCGCAGUUCUGGGGGCUCUUCGCUUACUGGCGCACGAAACAGGACGUUCGUUAAGCGGAAGUUUGUUUCAUCUCUGGAUCCUGCCCUGUUCUAGCCCCACCUGGAGAGGCAUAGAGGGUUUACCAAAUUUUCAAAUUGCAUUGUCGAAUUUCGACUCAGCGGCGUAGUCGGGGAGCAACACUCUCAGGAUACUACUUUCUCAUCAGUCACACUCAAACUGAAGCUGAACCUCAUAUAUGACGCAUCAGAGUGGAAUUCACGCAAGCGAAUACGUUGUUAGUCAGUUGACCUCUGCUCAGCAGAAUGAUACUCGGGUUCUGCAAGUGUGUAUUGAUGACGAGUCACUUGUUGUGACUAGUACCGCUGUUAUGCGAGGUGAUUGGAGAACCGACUACAAUGAAUUGAUUUUGCCUAUGCUAGAUGAUGUUCGUCCUUCCUAUAUACUAUAUAAGCUGGAUACCGUUUCCCAAUUCGGUCACGACUGGGUACUCAUCAAUUGGGUGCCGGAGGGUGCCAGUGUUCGUGAUAAAAUGUUGUAUGCUUCUACGCGAGCUACUUUGCGCAAGCAGUUUGGUGAUCACCUGCUUAAGGAAGAGCUCUGUGGGAGCUAUGAGGUCGAUGUUUGUUUGUCUGGUUUCGACAAGCACAUUGCCUCCAAGGACACUCCUGCUCCACUGACCGCUACUGAAGAAGAAAAGAUUGCUCUGAACGAAGAGACACCAGGAGGAUUUUACGGAGUGUGCCAGACGAUCGGCUCCAUUUUGUUCGACUUCACGGAGGAAGCCAAGGCAGCUACGGAACGCCUUGCUCAAGGGGAACUACAAUAUGUCCAGUUGAUGAUUGACUUGGAGAAGGAAAUCAUAACCACGUCUAUUUGCGAGCGUACAAUAGAGCCCCAUUGUAUUGCUAAACGCACACCAAGUGAUGAGGGGCGCUACCACCUGUAUCGUUUUCUCCAUCAUCAUCAGGGGCAAAAAUUGGAUGCUUUGUUCUUCAUCCAUUCCAUAUCGGGUUACCAAGGUUCUAUGAAAAGUCGUAUCCUUUAUUCUGGCUGCAAGUCUGGACUAUUGUCGCAGUUGGAGCAGCGUUUUGGCCUGAGGUUCGCCCAUCGGCUUGAGACGGACAAUAUGGAAGAGUUUACUACGGAUUACCUCCUGGACUUACUGUAUCCGAAACCUAAAGAAGAUAAGCCCAAGUUUGAAAAGCCUAUGGGUCCAGCUGGCAGGCGACCACGUACACAACUACCGUGAUCCGCCAUUCGUAUACACACCCGUGCCUUCUGCAUCCGUUGCAAUCAUGCUUUGAUGCAUAUUUGUUUCCGCCUCUUAUUUGACCGGCGUAAUCGUUGUUGAGCACUCCCAGGCUGGUUCUCUCUUGGUGCGCAAUCAUUCAACGAUUGGCGUACAGUACGAAUUGGCUAAACGUGUGUCGCAAGUGGCCUCUUUCUUGUCUCCAGAUUACCUACUUUUUCGCUUCACAACUUUUGGUGUCCGAUCGGCACCCUGUGCUUAUCGCUUUUCGCAUAUUUUUGAUGUUACUUGCUACAAUUGUCGUUUUGGAACUUUGUUUUCAGUUAUUUUCAAAUAUUUUGCCAACUAUAAGCGAUUUUUAAGCGCUUGCAGCCCUACUGCGCGCAUCGUGUACUCAGUCUUUUAAGUGAUUAUCUUGGGAUUUCGCCAACUUACUCCGAUAGUCUGCGUUCCGCUUCACCUCUGAUUGAUGAGCAUUCCGAAGUGACUUGUUGUUGUCUACGUCGAUCUUGAUUUUCCGACUUGUUGGUUCGUUUACUAAAAUAUCGAAAAGUUUGCUUUGCGCCAGUUUUGCACUUUGAUGCAGUUAAAAUGAGUUUUUUUUUACACAAUCCACAUUGAUUGCCCCGUAUUUUAUCACACACCGAAAUAAACCUUUUAUCGG